CGGCGUGGCCCUUGCAGUGGGCGGGGUUACGGCUUCACGGAACUUCCUGUGUCCUGAGUGUGUGAGUGGCGUCCCUGGGAGCCUGAGCGGCCGCGUGGAAUUUGGGGGUUUGGUGAGACGCCUACGAGACAAUGGCCAAGAACAAAUUAAAAGGGCAGAAGUCCAGGAAUGUAUUUCAUAUAGCCAGCCAAAAAACCUUCAAAGCUAAAAACAAGGCAAAACCAGUUACUACUAAUCUUAAGAAGAUAAACAUUAUGAAUGAUGAAAAAGUCAACAGAAUGAACAGAGCUUUUGUAAACAUACAGAAAGAACUUGCAAGCUUUUCAAAAAGCCUUUCUCUGAAAUCUGUGCAGAAGGAGCUGUCCUAGGUUGUCUCAGCUGUGGAAACUGCAAACAUCUCAUCUUCAAUCUCUGAAGCUUCCAAGUCACCAGACCUUCAUAAUCACCACUGCACAACUAAUGUCUGCUUACCCUCAUACAAAGCUGGUUUAUUAGCUAGCAUUUUCAUCUGAUAUUUCAAACCUCUAAUGUGUCCCCAAGUAACUCCUCUCACUAUACCAAAUGGUACACAGAAAUUUUUUAAAAAUGUUCUUUGGAAGCCAGGGUACCAACUGGGUUUAAGCUAAAGCAUAUACAAUUUAUUUACUUCAUAUAUUCCAAUUAAUUUGGAAUUAAUUAGUACUUUCUUCAACACUAUACUUUCUCUUGUGCAGCUCUUCAGCUAGAGUAUAUAAACUUAGAAGCAAGAUGUACGUAUGGAACACAUAGCUAAAACCAACGCAUGUCCCAUUAAUGUCUAGUUUCACUGUUACUGAUUGUGAAAUUUAGGAUUAGAAGCAAUAUCCCAUUAGCAAACAAUAAACAGCAGAUAAAUAUCUGCAGUGACUUUUGUUAAUUGUUCAGAAACAAAAGUUCUAUAUGGUUUAAACAUUGUUACUGAUUAGAUAUUCCUGUAACGUGAAUAUACCCAUACAUACAUACAAAUAUGUAUCUCAUAUGACACCAUGGCUAAUAUUAAUAGAUCAGUGAUUCAGGUGGAUAGCUUGAAAUUGCCUGUGGCAGGAGUAUGUACAAAAUUGUUGAUCAUAACAUACUGUUCAAUUCCGCGCCAGUGUGUGAAGUUUUCAGUAAAAAUGGUUUAAGUAUUCCUUAUGGGUUCUUUCCCUCAAAAUGCAUAUACAAUAUGCAUACACACAUACAUAUUAUGUCUAACAAUAUAGAAAGACAGGGUCUGCUUCAGAAUCUUCCUUAUAAUAACUAUCCUAGUGCUAGGUUUAUAGACUAUAGAGGACACUAAAUUAAAACAUCGAAUAAGCUUAUUUUGCCUCAGAUAAAAGCUCUUAUCUAUUUCAUAUAGUAUUCAUAUUUUCACCUGAAAUUUUUAGAUCAAAGGC